AUGAAGCGCUUCGCCGCCGCCAGCCGUGCUCCGGGAGCAAAGUUCGGCGGCUUCGGCGCUCCGGGCGGGACGGGCACCCUGUCGUACCUCGCCGAACCCCCGUCCUUUAGCGCCGUCUCGGACCCGAAUGUCGUUGUGUCUCUCAAGAACCUGCUGAAGAAGGACAGCACCACCAAGACAAAGGCCCUGGAGGAUCUGCUGGCGCAUGUCCAGGCGCAGCCCUUUGAGAAGGAUGGCGGCGUCGAGGACGCCAUCCUGGAUGUCUGGACCGGCAUGUAUCCGCGCACUAGCAUCGACAAUGCCCGCCGCGUUCGCGAGCUGGCGCACAACCUGCAGUUCGAGCUGAUCAAGUCGGCGCGGAGGCGAGCCGAGCGACAUAUUCCCAAGAUUGUGGGCGCGUGGCUGGCCGGGCUCUACGACCGGGACCGGGCAGUUGCGCGCGCCGCAAGUGACGGCCUCUCGUCCUUUAUCAACACACCGGACAAGGUUGCGGCGUUCUGGAGGAAGUGCCAGACGCAGAUCCUCGACUACGCCAUCGAUGCGAUCCGAGAAACGCAAGAUACCCUCAGCGACGAGAGAUCUACAACCAAAGACGAUGCCGAGGCCAAGUAUAUCAGAGUCGUGGCUAGCAGCUUGUCGCUCGUGCUCAGUCUUCUCCAGAGGCUCAAUGACGAGGAAGUCGAAAAGCAGAGCGACAAGCUCGAUGAGUUCUUCUCCGAGGAAACUGUGUGGCGCACCAUCACCUUCAAUGAUAGCGCCGUGAGAAAGACAGUAUGCCACCUACUCAUCACUUGCCUCACCCGCAAGCUCCCCUAUGCCGAAUCUACCCAGGCCAAGCAAGCCAUGGUCACAGGCGGCCUCAAGACCAGUCAGACUGGUUCCGCGCUCGACUAUGUCCGGGCCUUGACGAGGCUGUCGCAAGCCGUUCCCGACCUCUGGACGCCCUCCCCCAAGGAAAAGAAGCCCGCGCUCUCACGAUUACGACAGUUUAUCGAAAAGGGAUCGCAAGGCUGUCCCGCAAAGUAUUGGGAGCAUCUUGACGAACUCAUAUCCGUCCUCCCAGAAGACCAAAUGAGGAAACUGGAGACUGCCUCUGAAUUUCUGGAGGCCGUCAAAGCCGGCGUCACAAACCGCGAGGAGCCUCGAACCAAUACCUCCAUGGCCUGGAAGUGCUACAUUGACACUCUUAAGCGCCUUAUCAAUAACCUUUCCGACGACGAGAAGCUCGUCUUCGCCCGCGAACAGAUUUUCCCCCUCUUUGAACACUCGCUCCUCACUGUGUCGGACAAGCCGGUGGCCAUUCCCCUAGGGCCCAACGCCAUGUCCAUUCUGGUCGAAGCUCAUCUUACGAUACUUCGGAGUCCUUCAGCCGUCAUCUCGGCAUCAGAAGAGGGGUGGGGCCGCUUGGCUGGUUUGUUUUGUACCAGAAUCUCUGCUUCUCUGCCAGAGGUGUCUCGAGAGUAUCAGUCAUCUCAGGAGAAGAUUGCCGAGGAAGGCCGUCGGUGGUUUGGCCUCGUUGGAGAAAUCCACAGGAAGCUGGCAGCCGUCGGUGAAUCUCUACCAGAUCAAACCGCGGCUCCAUCCAAGGCUGUCAUCGACCAGUGCAUCGCCAUUCUACAAAACCGCAAUAUGAAACCAUUCGGAGCUGCGGGCAUCCUCGAGUACGCACUUAGCACCUCUCAUCAUCUUUUCGAUGGCGAGACUGGAGACAAGGUGUCGGAAUUCUUGUCUGCAGCUGCGCGAGACUCGGCAGAAAAAGUCAUUCAAUCUGCUUCAAGCAGGCCGCUGUUAUCCUGCCUUAACCUCUUGGGAGCAAUCCCAUCCAGAGAGCAAGUUUACCGCACAAUAUGGGAAUCCUGGGUUGAUGCAGUCUUGGAAUUUCCGGAUCGUGCCAUUCGCAAUUCAGCUCUCACAUCCCUUAUUUCCGAAGAAAAGGCCUCCGAGAUCGCCCAAGGAAAUGCCAAGCUGCAAGCCUACAUCAUAACAGAAGCAGUCGAGUCUGUGAAGAACCAGGCAUCUGGGUGGGAGCUGCUAGAAGCUAGCAUGAAUGAGAGAGGCCUUUCUGAUGAGAGCUGCAAAGAGCUAUCUGAAAAGCUAUUAGAGAUUUUGGAUAAAGAGCCUCCAUCUGUGGAACCAGCGCUAAGAGCAUUAGAACUCCUUACUAAAGGCAGGCCACAGCUCUUCACCGAAAAUGAUUCACUGCAUACAGCCCUGGUUGCCCACUUAUUGAGUCUGUCUGAAAUCAGCAGCAAUGUCGUUUCGUCAAAGGCCAUCGCGAUCCGCGGCAUUUUGCAGGGAGAGGGAGCUGGUACUCAGCCGGUAAUUGAAAUCAUACAAGACAACCUCGAACGAGCAGGCCCUCAGUCGUUGGAUAUUGAAACCCUCUCCAAGCAAGCUCAGCAAGCACACGCUGCUGGCAUCGCUGUUGAAGAAAUCUUUCCAAGCACAAAUGUUUGGAUGCAGAAGCUAGCACCAUUCUUAGAACAACCCAUCAACCCUUCUCUGUCAAUCACCAACAGUCUUGGCGGUGCUGUCACGCUGGCCAACUUGACGGCUCAGCCGACCGAAGUUCGCGUGCCCAGAGACAAAAAAGGUCGCUCAGUACCUUUAAGGAUGUCUCUGUACUCUGCGCUUCUCUUGAAGGAGGGGAUUGACAUUGCCAAGCUCCCGCGUCAGUUUCAGAUAGAGUUGCUGUGCAUCCAGUGCCUCACCAUACAGCUUGCUACGGAUCAGAUCACCUCGAGGGACGACAACUCGCUGUGGCUCUCUUUGGAUGCUGCUGACUCCCUGUCAGAAGCAGAGUCUCUGGUAACCACGCUGAGGAACUAUGUCAUCAACAAGAGCUCCUUGGCGUCUCAGUGGUGGGACAGUUCGGCAGACACUGAGCAGGCUCACAUUUUCCGCGGACUUGUCGAGCUCCUCAAAGAGGAGUCGAGAGAGCUGACUCCUAGAGGGGUUUACAGUGCCCGAGCUCUCAGCGAGAUCAUCCAGGUCUUGUCUGAAGCACAUGGUCUGCUGCCCAGUCUAGAGGAAACCCUACUCAAGCCAGUGCUGGCAAAGGCUACCCCCGAGACUGCUCUCCUUGCCGCUGCCUCUAUAUCAGGGCUCGGCGAGACAAUAAAAUCGUCCAAACUGGUGAGCAACUUCUGCAAUCGGCUUGUCAGUGAUGUCGCUGGGGCUUCUGCAGGUGACAGCAAAACCAUGAUGAUUCUGGUCUUGCUUGCUCUAUCUGCACAGAUAUACGAUCGUGGAGAGCUCCCCGUGGCCAAUAACCGUAUUGUCUUUGCAGUAAGACAGAUCACGUCGUGGCUUGAAGAUGACGAGCCGUUGAGCGCUCCUCUGUCUGCUGAGAUUUGUCGCGUGCUGAAUCUGCUACUACCUUGCAUGAGUGAAGUGUUUGGCUCCUACUGGGAAAAGGCAAUUGAGUUUAGCCUUGACCUGUGGGAAAAGGCAGCCAGCUACCCUCUUCCAGACGCUCUACCCUUUAUCCAUUCCUCGCUCAAGCUUAUGAAGACGCUCGAGAAUCUUGAGGAUGCAAACGAUGACCUGCAGGACGCCCUUAGAGAAUCAGCGGGCAAGAAAUCCAAGUCGCUGAUUGAGCUGCUGAAGCUCCCUCGAGGAGCCAGCAGCCAGCCUCUGGAGAUUGUGGACGCCAUGCUGUGCCGGGAAGUAGAAAAGGUGACUAUCAAAAGCGAGAGGGACAUUCCAGAAAUUUAUGAACUCGUUGCUUCGGAGUCUCAGGAUAUUCAAACCGCUGCCUUCGAUUUGCUACACAGGGCGCUACCUGCCAUUCAAGCACAGAAGUCCAUUGACAUUCUUUUGGAUAAAACUGAUGCUCGUCUGCCCGAUGAGCUACUGUCGUUGCUUCUUGACGCACCAACUCUUGAGCGCUACUCGGACGAAAUGCUCGCGCAGUUUCCGUCCCCGAUUCGAAGCUACUUGCUAUCAUGGAAGCUUGUUUUUGAUGGCUACUCAGCAUCCUCAUUCAAGAUGAGAAGCGAUUUUACAGAAAACCUCAAGACGGGAGACUACUUAUCUCCCUUUUUGGACUUUAUGUUUGAUGUUCUUGGCCACUCGGCUGCACACCCGUUGAGCCUCGAAAAAGAGCUGCUCACAACGGAACACAUUCAAAACUACGACGUAAAAAUUGCCCAAUCAGAGCCUGAAGAAAGGAGCAUGCAAUGGCUGCUGGUACACCUGUUCUACCUCACGCUCAAAUACAUUCCGGGUCUCUUCAAGGCGUGGUAUCUCGCCUGUCGCUCCAAACAAACACGCAUCGCCGUGGAAGCAUGGACGACAAAAUACUUUUCACCACUCAUCAUCUCCGAGACUCUCGAUGAUGUGCAAGCAUGGGUGGACCAGCAGGACGCUCCCGGGGUAGAUGAGCAGGAAGUGCUUGUCAAGAUCUCCAAGAAUGCAAGGGAGGUGAUUGUAGGCUACGAGGUCGACGACACCCAGGCCUCGAUUGUGAUCAAAGUGUCGCCAAACUACCCGAUUGAAGCCGUGACGGUCUCUGGCCAGGAAUCCGUAGCCGUCAAGGAGCGCACAUGGAACAGCUGGAUCAUGACGACCCAAGGUGUUAUCACAUUCUCCGGCGGCAGCGUCAUAGACGGCGUACAGAUCCUAAAGCGCAACAUCGUUGGCGCGCUCAAGGGCCAGACGGAGUGUGCCAUCUGCUACAGCGUUAUUGCAGCAGACAAGCGCAUGCCGGACAAGAGGUGCACGACAUGCAAGAACUUGUUCCACCGAACUUGCUUGUACAAGUGGUUCCAGAGCAGCAGCCAAAAUACGUGCCCGUUGUGCCGAAAUCCGAUUGACUAUCUGGGUGCCGAUACUCAGAAGAGGAGACGCGGCUAGAAGGAGGAGAAGGAGUCUUUGAGUUGAAUAAGAUUAUUAUGAAGAGUUAUCUAAUGUGUACAUGUAUGAUGAAGUUAUAUUAUGUGAAGAUGGCGUGUGAAUAUCGGGGGUUAUUCUGGAUUCGUGUUACUCAUCAUUUGUAAAGCAUUUGUAUGUUAGAACCUGUUGGAGAUGCGCGUUAGCUAUAUGCAAUGCACACAUCACAUG